AUGGCAUAAAAAGAACAUAAUGAGUUUGAUAAAAAUUCAAUUGAUGAUGAAACAGAUUUUGUACUUGAUAAAUUUGCAGAAGGCUAUCGAUUAGUAGAAAUAAAAGGAAUUGUAAAAAAUUACAUAGAAGCACGAUACUAAUAAACCUUUAUAGCUAUCAGCAACAAUGACUAUAAAGUGUCUUAUUAUAUUUACAAAAAAUUAGAAAAAGUAUUAAUAAAAGCACUAAAGAAUUUCAAUUAAGAGCCUGAUUUACUAACUGAAUAUUCUAAAGUUAUGGUACGACACUUGUUUAUAAUAGCUUUAUUUAUUAGAUAUCAAUUAAACAGUUUCAUCAAAUGAAAAGUUAAUGAUUCUUAAAUUGCCAACUGAAGUUUAGGUUUAUCCAAAAAUAGAAGAUAUCGAUUUCUAUUAUUAUCUUCUAAAGUAUACUAUAUAGACUUUAAAUAAUAUUGGAGUAAUUUUGAUGAGAAGAAAAAAAAUUAGAGAGGCAGAAAGUUAUUUAAUGAGAGCAUUGGCAGCUAGAAGUUAUGUACUAGAGACUAAUGUUUCUUAAUUUUAAAUGGGAGUAUUAUUGGAGAAUUUGGGUUUUGUUUUUUUAAAUAAAGGAGAUAAAUAAGAUGCUAAAUAAUUUAUUACAAAAGCAUUAUUAAUAUUUGAAUAAUUAUCAUAAUCACAAUAUGAGAAUGUUGAAGUUAGUAUAAACUAUAAACAUAUGCUAAAUUUGGUUGAGUAUUUAUUUCUAAUACAUUUAGAAUUCUAUAUAACUAGAAUGAGGAAUAAAUAUUAUCAUAACCAAGAGAAAUUUAAAAAGAAAGAAUGGUACAUUUACUUGCUAUAACAUAUAAUUAUUAUGGGGAAGUUUUUUAAUCAUUAAAUAUGCAAGAUUAAUAGAAAUUUUGUUAAGAAUAAUUUUAAUUUUUAUGCAAUUUAAUGUAAAAAUUGAAUCCAAGAAUUGAAACAAGAAAGAAAAAGAUUGAAAAUCCUUAACCUUAAAUUAAAUAAGAAGUAGAUAAAUAAACAUUGGAAAUAGCUAAACAUAAAAUGAAUUAAGUUUAAGUAAAAGUGGAGAAAGUAGAUUUGAAAGUUAAUUAAGAUAAUUUUUAAAAAGAAAAGGAAUAACUUCCUUCACAAGUUACAUUAGAUUAGGUUCUCUAUUAAACUUAUAUGUAUAAUUAUUAUUAUUAUAUUAGAUUAAUUCGAGCUUAAAGAUUCAAAGUUAUCAUUUUAUAAUUAGAAUUUUUUAUUUAGAUAAUUGUCUUUUCCAAACCUCUUAAUCUUGAAAAAAGUUUAUAUAUUGUUGAGAGUGAUCUAACAGAAUAUCAAAAAAAAAUAUAUCCUGAUUCAUAAAAUUCAAGUGAUUAACUAUGUGAAUUUUUUAAGAAGUAAAUUAUUUUUGUAUUUAAGAUUAAUUAAAUUGCUUUAUUUUUAAGAUAAUCAACUUCACAUCAAAGAAAUAAGACAUUUCUAAUCCAUAGAAGAAUUUAAUAAAUUCAUAUGA